UCCUCACCUUUCCAAAACAUUUCCCUUUUUUGAGCACAAGCGGGAGUUUUACCACCUCCACACUCACCAUACUCACCACUCACGCACUUCACCACUACCUCCACCUCACCACGCUGGGGGAAGGCUGGGGGAGGCGGAGAAAAGCGUGAAAAAGAGUGACGUCUCCUCUUAUCUCUUGGACAGGAAGCGGAUAGAACAGAUCGAGGCUGGACGCUGUUACUGGCUGUCUCUGUUUUCUCUGUGUCUCUUUCUCUUUGUUUUCUGGUGUGUUUGUGAAGGUUUGGGUGUGGGUGUGGUGAGGUGCUGUGAUGGCUGCUGUCAAACCCAAAGUGCUCGUGUUGGGAGGAUGCGGGUUCAUCGGACGGUACGUGGUGUGUGAGCUGGUGGAGAAGCAGGUGUGUUCUAGCAUCUGUGUGGUGGACAAGGUGCCGCCCCAGAUCGCGUGGCUCAAUGAGAGACAGUCCAAGGUGUUUGCCGACGAGAGUAUCACCUUCCGCAGCGCCAACCUCAUCAAUGCUGCCUCGUGUGCCAGUGCCUUUGGGGAGGAGGAGUGGGACUGGGUGAUCAAUGCCGCAGGGGAGACAAAAACUGGACAGGUUGACGCAGUGUACCAUGAAGGCAUCGUGCACCUGUCGACCAACUGUGCCAAGGAGGCGGCCAAGAGGAGAGUGAAGGUGUACUUGGAGGUGUCGGCUGGCACCAUGUUCUCCGAUGACAAGGUAGUGGCCCACAAGGAGACCGACUCAUGCACACCCUGGAAAGUGGCGGGGAAGUGCAAGUAUCAGGUGGAGGAGGAGAUUAAGAACAUUCCAGACCUUAAUUGGAUCAUCAUAAGGCCCGCCACUGUGUACGGUGUCUCGGAUCGCACUGGAUUGACCACACGCCUUGUAUUUGGAGCAGUGUACCGUCACCUCAAUGAGCCCAUGAAGCUGCUCUGGGAUAAGAACCUUUAUGUCAACACUGUCCAUGUCACUGAUGUUGCCAGGGCGGUGGUGUGGCUGUGUCAGAGGGAGAAGGUCCACCAGAUAUACAACGUGGUGGAUGAGAACAACACCACACAGGGCAACAUCACAGAGAUCGUGUCCGACAUUUUCAACAUCAACUACGACUACUGGGGCAAUGUGUUCUCCAAGCUGGCCAAGACCGACACACUGGGGCUGGUGACAGAUGUGAACGACAAACACCUGGUGCCGUGGGCUGCUGUGUGUUCUGCCGGGGGUCUGGAGAACACACCCCUCACCCCGUACAUAGACCAGGACUCCGUGCAGUGCUGCCACCUACACCUGGAUGGCUCUAAGCUGCGGUCCGAGGGUUCACUUACUCCUUCCCUAAACCCACCAAAGAGUUACUGAUGGAGAUUUUGAAGGACUUUAUCAACAUGAAGGUCUUCCCAGCCAAUGCACUUCCCAGCCAGGAUUAGUGCCAGCCAGACCCAGAAGUGCCAAGCAUAGGAGAGUAAGAGGUGGUGAAUUUUGGAUGACACACCUUCAACAUUUUCAGCGCCUUCCUUUCUUCCUUCACCUGCUGACGACUUGUUAAUGAAGCACACUGCACCUGCCUGCCUGAAAUUUACCUGUAAGAGUGUGAGAGAGAGAGAGUGAGGGAGGAGAAAGAUUGAUUGGUUUGUGUAAUGAGAGAAAGGGAGAGGGAAAGGGAGGGAGUAGAAGUGUUUUUGGGUUAAGAGAGAGAGGAAUUUGGUGUUUUUGAGUGUUAGAGAGAGAAAUAGAGAGAGAGAGUGAGUAGGAGUGUUGUUAGUUACUGUUUAAAGAGAUUUAGUUAUUUUACAGAGACUGACAGAUAAAGGAGAAUAUACAAACUAAUUAAAACUUGUCAAAUUAUACAGAUAGAGCAAAGAAUAGAGUAAAUAUAAGUAAAUAAACUAAAUAUUAAGAUGUAAGGGUAAGGCAAGAGAGAGAGAGAGACUACCAGAGAGCUGUGUUUCAUGUGCCAAGUAUAUUGUUGUAUAUUGACGUACGUGUUGAUGUUUAGAUUUACGUAUGUGUGUGCGUUGGACAGAUGGACAGGGCUCCCUAACGUAACCCAACACGGCCUAACCUAAUCUAACCUAAAGUAUUGUAACCUAAUCUAACAUGACGUAAUCUAACUUAACCUAACCUAACCUAACAGAGCAACUUAUGACCCUAUUUAACCUAACUUAACUGAAUUUGAUGUGAUCUAGUGUAAUGUAAUCUUUCUUGACCUAACCUAACCUGACGAAGCCUAACUUAGCCCAACUUAACCUAAACUAAAAUAAAUUAACCUAACCUAUCCUAUCCUAACCUAACCUAACCUAUCCUAUCCUAUCCUAUCGUAACCUAACACUAUCUUGUCUCCUGUACUGUUUUAUUAUUUAUUUUGCUUUAGUUUUUUGUACUAAGUCCCCAUGUAAUAAUUAAGUCCCAUUUUUCUGUGAUUUGAUGGUGUUUCCAAUGGGGGACUACAAAUUUAGACCUUAUUAAUUAUUUUUUUGUUUUUGUUUUUAUAUAUUUUUUUUAUCAUGGAUUUUUCUGCAUGAUUUUUUUUUUUUUUUAUCUCGUUUUCUUGUUUUUUAUUACGUGGAAGAUUUUUUGUUGUUUUCAUUUUUUUUUUUUUUAUCUUUUCUGAAUAUUUUUUGGAAGAUUGACUUUUUUAUUGCUGUUCUAUGUUUGUCAGUUUUGUUCUUCAAUUUUUUCUUGGUAAUAGUUUGUUUUGCCGAGAUUCUUCACUAUUUGUGGUGUUUCUUCUUUGUCUUCCACUGUGUUUCUGGAAGUCAGGAAGAGAGAGAUAGCUUUUCUAAAUUGGUGUUCUAUAUUUUUUGUUCCAGUUUUUCUUGACAGUAGUUUAAUGUUUUGCCGAGAUUCUUCACUAUUUGUGGUGUUUUUUCUUUGUCUUCCACUGUGUUUCUGGAAGUCAGGAAGAGAGAGAUAGCUUUUCUUAAUUGGUGUUCUAUAUUUUUUGGUCUAUAUUUUUUCUUCCAGUGUUUCUUGACAAUAGUUUAAUGUUUUGUCGAGACUCUUCAGUAUUUGUGGUGGUUUUUCUUUGCCUUCCACUGUGUUUCUGGAAGUCAGUUGAUGAUUUCCUGAUUAUUUAUUGGUUUGAUCUACACUUUUUUUUUUUUUCUUUGUUAUUUGAAUUGACAAGCAAGAGAUGUUUUCGUAAAUUCUUCCACACUAUUUUUUUCGUUAUGAAUUUUUUUCUAAUUUGAGAAUUUGCAUGGACGACUUUUUUUUUAAGUAACGAAUAAGAUACACACAUUUUUUGUAUUAGUUCUUGUUCUUUUUUUGCAGUUUUUUAUUAAUAAUUAUGUUUUCUGUAGUUCUUUUUAACAUAUUUUAUUAUGAACUAUUUUAUACUGAGAUUUAUGUAUCAGUUUACAUUAUCACGUAUAUUUUACAACAUUUUCUGUGAUUAAUUGUCAAGUUUUCUGUGAUUUACCAAGACUGCAUGAGGGACAAGAGAGUGAGACUGCCAACACACCUCCACUAAUUCAAGACCUCCUCCACUAGUGCAGGUUUUGAAACACAACACUGACUCAACAGAAGGUUAAUUUGAACUACAAUCGAUACAAGCCAUAGAGAAUUAGUGAAUCAGUGUGUUUGAAUGGGUUAAAAGUACUUAGGAGGAAGUUACCUGUUUAUUGGCUGAUUAGUGUUAUUGAUGUUACCUGUGGGUGUGUGUAUGUGUGUGUGUACCUCAGUGAUGCUUGUGUAUGUGUGUGUAUCAGAGAUGUUUGGCGGUAUAUCUGUGUGUGCAUCAGUGAGUGUAUGUGUGUGAGUGUCUGUCAAGAAGGCGGAGUGUGGCUGCCGUGUGGAGGGUGUAGCGGCAGUGGCAGCAGCGGCGGUGGUGGCAGCGUUCCGUGUGCCGUGUGAUAUCCUGUGCCAUACAAGUAACCACAACAUUCCUCAUUGGUGAUAAAUGUGAUAAGUCUCUGUGCCUUCCAGUCUUCGCCGCCACCCCGCCGCCACCUGCCACCCGCCUCCCCCAUAGUGCAGCCCACCCCAUCACCUUGCCUGGCUGGGGUCGGCUCGGUUAGGUUAGGUCGUGAUAUAGUCUGACUUGGCUGGAUUAGAUUUGAUUAAGUUUGGUAAUUUUGUUUUGUUUAUUUACUUAUUUAUUUAUUUUUGGUACGGUUAGGUUAGAUCAAGUUAGGCUAGGCUAGGUUUGGUUUGGGUUUCAUUAUUUUAUUUUAUUUCAUCUUAUUUUAUUCAUUUUUAUAUUCAUUUGUUCAUUUAGUUUGGUACCGUGAGGUUAAAUGAAGUUAGGUUUGGUGUGACAUGGUUUUGGUUUGGUUAAGUUAGGUUUGGCUACAUGAAGUUAUAUUCUAGCUUGGUUUGGUUAGGUUAGGUUGGGUUAGCUUUGGUGUGACAUGGUUUGGUUUGGUUAAGUUAGGUUUGGCUACAUGAAGUUAUAUUCUGGUAUGGUUAGUCUAGCUUUGGUUGGGUGAGAUGAGGUUGGCAUGAUUAGAUUGAGCUUGUUUUGUGUAGUUUGUUAGUGCUGAUAUGUGGGAAGUGUCAGAUGUCAGGUUAUGUCAAUUUAUGGGAUGUUGGGUCAGAUUUGGAUAGGUCGGGAUGGACUGGGUUAGAGGAGGGUAAUUAGGUUAGGUUAGGUCAGUUUAGGACACUUAAGGUCACCUCUGGGCCAGAUAUUAGGUGUGUCAGGUGAGGUCAACUUUGCCUAACCUCACCGAUCUUAGACAAGACUGGAGGAGAUAAGGACAUGAUAAAUCCAGAACAAAAUUGUGGGAUCUGAUGAUUAAAGUAUACUGUGUGUGUGUGUGUGUGUGUGUGUGUGUGUGUGUGUGUGUGUGUGUGUGUGUGUGCACAAUAAUGAAAGUUUAUAGGAGAUUAAAACAUGUUAAAUUUGAUAUAAAGUUUAUUGAAAUUUUAACAUAUAUGAUUCAGAGAGAGAGAGAGAGAGAGACUUAUACUAUAAAAAAUAACUUUUGAUAUUUUGAAGUGGAGUAAAGAACAAAGACAGAGAUGCAUAGAGGAAUAAGGAAGAGAGAGAGAGAGAUCAUCUGUCAAUCUUACUUUACAACAAUAGCCAGAUAAUUUAUGCUAUCUCACACACACACACACACACACACACACACACACACACACACACACAUUCAUUAUAGGUAGAUAAGACUGCAGAAGUUGUAUUAUUAUUAUUAGUAUUGAUAUUGCUCUGACUUAGGACAUACACACAAUGGGUAUGUUUUGUGUAUUCUGUCCCUUGGCCCUUUGCACGAGUUUUUGUGUCAUUGUUGGUUCUCUUUGGGUGUUUUUUGGUGUGUUUUUUUAAAAGAGAGAGAGAGAGAUGGUUUGUUAGAUAAUGAGAACUAGAGAGGAAGAGGAGAUGGAGAAGAAAAGUUUUAAUGAGAGAAAAAAAUGCUAGAGGAGAAUAGUCAUUGAGAGAGAGAAAGAAUUUUUGUUCGUGUGAAGAAUAGAUCUUGAGAUAAUGAAAAUGAUUACGAGAGAAAAAAUCUUGUCAUUGUGAGGAAAGAAAAAGAGAGAGAGAGAUUGUAUUCAUUGGAGA